UUUAAAUUGUACGAAAAAUUCAAUUAUAAGCUAGUAUUAAAGGACAUUUAAUUUGUCAAAUAUGAAUGAUAAUUAACUGUAGAUUUGAUUUUGUUUUUGGUAAAUAUUGCUUAUUAUUAUUAACUUCCAUAAAUGACAUGCAUGACACGCUUAUACUCAAUAUAUAUAUAUAUUUAUAUGAUAUGAAUUUCCAUAAUGAAAUGAAUGGUAAAAUUAAAUGGCUUAUAUUUGAUUUUCUUUGUGGCACUAACAAUUAUUCAUAUCAUAAUCAAUUAUUAUAUAUAUAUUAUUAAUUUUAUUUUUAGUAGUUUCCUCAUUAUUAUUAUUAUUAUUAUAUAAAAACGUUUGGAGGCAGAACCGGCUACAUACUAUCAUCAUCUUCUUUUCUCUUUCAAAAUAAGAAAACUCUCUCUUCAACAGUUGAUUGAUAUCAGUGGGUAUAGGGCUAUUCGCAAUUUCUUAUUGUUAGAUUAAUCAAUUCGUUCAUCUAUAUUCAUUAUCAUUUCUCUUGCUAGGGCUUAAUUAGCAUCUUUUAAUUAAUUUGUUCACAGAGAUAAUAUAAGUCUUCUAUGGAUCUGGGAACCAAUUCAAAGCCAAUGCGCUAUUCUCGAGAGGAAUUUGCAAAACUGCGAAAUCCACAAUAUUUUUAUAGCAAUACUUAUCAGAACGAUCCUAUAUAUAUUGAGAGUGAAAUGAAAAACAAACUAUUCUGGGAGCAAGUCGGGAAGUGGGAGGGUUUCCAUGUUGAUGAUUUUGAUAUUCCACUUGAACACACUGAGGUUAUUAUUGUACCAUCAACAACCAUAUCAUCAGGUGUGAAAGAUGCAGCAAAAUUUGCUCUGGAAGAGUACAACAAAGAUAAGCUCGAGGCUAUCAAGCUCAAGAGGAUUGUGAAAUGGAAUAAAAUGAUUGUGAAUGGAAUGUGGUAUUUUAUGACAUUGGAAGCAACAAAUGGGUGUUUUUACGAAGCCAAAGUUUACCUAAGUCCUUCCUACCACGAAACACUUUCCAAUAUAUUGGAAAUUUUCAGGCUUGCUAAAUUCUAUCCCAUGACUACUCAUGACUCAUGACAAGGACAAGGACAAGGACAAGGACAAGGACAAGGACAAGGACAAGGACAAGGGAAUUUGUUAGUUUUUAGUUAAUUGGAAAGGACUAUAUAUAUAUAUGGUACUCUUUUUUUCUUCUUAAGAUACGAAUUAUAAUAAGAAUGUUUCAUUUCAUUUGUUUGAGAUCAUCGUUUACUGGCCUUAAUUGUGUAGAACUAGAUAAUAGAAAUUACAACAAUUUACAGUAUUAUUCAUUA